AUGAGUACUUCUGAUGACGACCUGGUCCCUGAGACCGUCCCUGGCUACAAGGUAGGGGAAAAGAAGACGAUUGAAGAGUAUACAACUUUGGACGCUGAAGAUGAAUCUCUAGCCAAGUGGAAACGAUCCUUAGGUUUGGGUGACACAUCAGAUCAACUUCCCAUUUUGCCAGGAGAUGCCAGAAAAGUGGUUGUUUUAGAGAUGAUAUUAGAUAUUAAGGGCUCAGAGCCAAUUGUUGUUAACCUUGAAAAUGAGCUGGAUAUUGAGGCUUUGAAGAAGAAGGAAAUUUCUUUUCAGAUCAAAGAAAAGUCGAUCUAUUCGUUGACUAUUAAAUUUAAGAUUCAGCACGAAAUCGUUACUGGUUUAAGAUACCUGCAGGGUGUUAAGAAGAAGGGGUUUACAGUGGACAAAUUAGAAGAGCCUUGCGGUUCGUAUGUUCCAAAUACAGUAAAGGAACCCUUUUACAUCAAGAAAUUCCUGCCAGUUGAGGCACCUUCUGGGAUGCUUGCUAGAGGGUCGUACUCAGCAACUAGUAAGUUUGUUGACGACGACAAAACAAUCCAUUUGGUGCUCCCAUGGUCAUUCCAGAUCGUGAAAUAA